AAAAGUGCAAUAAUGAGUUUUAUCACGAUCAAAGCGGGAAAGUUGAUCACGAAGCAGAUUUUUGUAAGGAUUUUGUUGAACAAAGUGGAUUUGCAUAUCCAGUUGAGGGAGAUUUCGACUUGACUUCAACUAUGUUUUUAGAAAGUUCUCCUGAAAGAACCAAAAAAUGUUUCAGAAAACGGAUAUACGAAAAUGAAAC